AUGGGCUCGCUGCUGCGGAACCUGUCCCGGGGAGGUCGGGUGGGAGCUGCACUCUGGUGCUGGAGGAAGGCUCGCGGCCUAGGCGGCCCUCAGUGCCCCAGCUGGGUUACGCCAAGACUUUCGCGCAGCCGGGGUAUCCCCGGUCUGGAAGACCGGCCAGCGCUUGGAGGAGUCAUGGUCAGCGUGCUCACUGAGAGCUUUCUUCAGGGCAAGCACCACUUCUCCAGCUGGGGCUGCUGCCAGAGUCUUCCCCGAGGAAGACACAGUGUUCUUCACAGACACCGUGCUCCAGUGCAAACCACUGAUAGCCGCAGAAAGUUGGGGACGGACCACAGGGAAGAAGGUUUCCAAGUAGGUACAGAGGUUGACAGGGAGCCAAAGGCCUCCCUGCCCAGGGGGAACCUCAUAGGGCCUCCAGACUCUCUGCCACCUGAGCUUGAGCCUCCCACAAACUGCUGUAUGAGUGGCUGUCCUAACUGUGUAUGGGUAGAUUAUGCGGAAGCUCUGCUGAGGCUCUACCAGGAUGGUGGGGAGAAGGCCCUGGCCCUUCUAGAGGAGCACGUGACUGAUGAGAACCUCAAGGCCUUCCUCAGAAUGGAGAUCCGGCUACGCAUGCAGAGCGGAGCCUGAACCAGUUUACCUGGGGCUCCUUAUCACGGACAAAUGCUAUCCUUAAGAAGCAGCAAGGUCACUCUUGUUCCCGAGUAUGGAAGACCCCACCACAAGUCUGCCAGGAAUAGGAAUUAUUGUGCAACAACUUCACCUCAGAAUAAACGAAUCCUCCACGACAA